GAAGCCAUCUGGAUCUCCUUCUCAGUGGGGAUAGAGGCAACAGAACAACCCUAAGCACCUCUCUUCCUGCCACCUCUAGCACAGCAAGCUCGUCGUGGGCAGCGUAGAGAGGAGCAGACCGGGGCAUGCUGUGCUCUGGCUAUCCCCAUUUGGCAGACUGUCCCUUGGGAUCCUUCGCUAGCUGGCAUAAAUUAGUGCAGCCAACAGGCUCUUCUAAAACUUCAGACGGCUCCAGGAUCAAGGAACUGUAACCAGCUCCCUUGUCUUCCUCCAUCACCCCUACCUGAAGCUAGCAACUGAGAAUCAAGACGAAUAUAUUGCUAGUAUUUUCACACAGACUUCGUGCAACGCACAAACAGCUGCUCUCUUCCUGUGGCUCCAGGACACCCAUGGCACCCCGCAUACGACUGACUAUAUCAAAGCCUCUCCCAACCAUCUGUGAAACCCAGGAGGAAGUUUUAGAAGAUGUAACCAGCAAUGUAAAAGGCUUUGGGAGCUUCUCUAUGGACUCAGAUUCUUGUUCCAGUGACGACUACCUUCAAUCUAUCUGUCAUUUAGCAAGACCCACCUUCCCAGUGCUUCCUGAAAACAACGGUGUGUUUCAAGACAAGAAGGUAUUAGAAACACUCCAAAGAGUGUCCUGGUUCCCAAAGCUGGCAGUGGCACAGCAAGUCAUUCCAAAGUGCAAACUGACCAACAUCUUCUCAGACAUGAUGUCUUUAGAAAAAGUUAGUUUAGUACUUGACAAUGCAAAGCUAUACCCCUGUACCAGGGCUGAUCCACUAGAACAAUUGUACGCACAAGCGGAGAAGACACGACACUACAGGGGUUCUGUUUAUGGUGAAAGCUCUAGCACUGAUGACUCACAGCGUAGGGGGGAUGAAAUUCAUCCAUCCACCCCUCAAGAAAAAACAACAGAAAAACAAGAUCUAGCUGGGGUAUUCCGUUUUCCAAGGCUUCCCUCUCCAAGACCAACAGAGAGAGAAAAUAACUGCCCAGAGCAGAAGUGUCUGAAAAGCAAUAAGAUAAUGGCGGUUUCUGAAAAUGAUCAAACUCAGAAAGAAAACUGCACCAUAUUUAUUGAUGGUAAACGGAUAUGGCCACACCCACCCAGAGAGAAACAGCAAGGAAACAAGGGUUUGAGCUGCCCCCUACGAAGACAAUGUGCUGUGUUCAGAACAGCAGGUGGCACUGAAAAAGAAGAGCUGAAAUCUUCUAGCGAUAACAAAACUGUGAAGGGAGAGGUACUUAGUAAGCAACGUUACCCACAAUGCUUUCAGGUAGAUAAAAAAGCCAUGAUCCAUAGCUGGAUCUCUGAGUGCAAGUGUGCCUGGAAAGGAGCAAAGGUUAAAGGUUGCCUACUUCCUGCCAUCGCAGAAAUAUGAAAACGUGAUGCUGAACAGCUGCAUCUUUUGCAAGACAUUGUGGCCACGGCUGUCUUAAAUCCCUCCCUGCUACCUGCAUGCGUUGUGCAGAGAAGAGGGGUGCAGUAUACAUGUUUACAAUGAAGCAGAUACAUUUGUGAUCCAUUACAUCUCUCACCUAUGUGCAAACAGGCAAUAGAUCUACUAACGUGGCUAUGCUUUAAAAAAAGGAGAGCUCUAAAGACCGAACUACUGAGUCGGCUCUCAGAUACGCAGGCAUUUGUAACAGCGUCUCUCCUCGGCUCAGCAACUCCUUUUGCACAUGCCUUUCUUGUGCUCUGAGAACGGCUGUAAUAAUACGGGUUUCAGGGUAGCAGCCGUGUUAGUCUGUAUCCUCAAAAAGGACAGGAGUACUUGUGGCACCUUAGAGACUAAC